CAGUAUGACAUGCAGAUGAGUGCCGUCGAUCUUAGAAUCACCGCACACUUCACUCAUUUGGCCAGUCACGGGGGCCAAAACCAGUGUUUGGAGCCACAGUGUGGCGGUGGAGGCAGCAGCAAUGGGAGGCCAUACAGCAACCUAUGACAAAAUGGAAACCAGCAGGAGUGUGAGGAGACCUGAAAGUGGCACAUGGCAGAGUGUGGCGAUGGAGACAGCAGCAAUGGGAGGCCGUACAGGGACCCAUGAGAGACUCUGGACUUGGCAGCAGCAUGAGGAGGCGGUAUAUAGGGGCCCAUGGCAGAUUAGGGGCCUGGCAGCAGCUAUGGGAGGCCCGUAAUCUGCCAGCACCCUAUGUCAAAAAAUUCAACACAACAGCAGUGUGUGAGGAGACCUGAAAGUGGCACAU